AUGGCCCUCGACCCGUCCUCCCCGAAUACCGAUACAACCAAGGCGCUUAUCCGCAGUUUCCUCCAUAGUCAGGGCUUUUGCCAUACAAAGAUUCAUGUCACCUGCGGCAAAUCAGUGCGCGCUAUUGGGAACUUCCAGCCCUCAAUCAGCACUGGUCGUCUCACUCACGGUUCGGUAACGACCUUGGGCUCAGACAAUAGCAUCGCGCCUCACGAUGAAUUUUUAGCUUACGGCACAUGUGGAUUCGUAGAAGUGGAGUUCAAGGACAGUGGCAAAGGCAUCAAAACCGUUAUCCUCGGCCUCACAUGCUCCCAUUGUGUUGACAACUCGAAGAGCCUCCACCCUGUCAUGGGACAGGGAGCAAAUGUAUGGUCCUCCGACCCGGCUUGCUUCGUUAAUGAACCCAUCUUGGUGAAUAAAGCACUCGCCGAUGUUUUGGUUGCUGUCACAGCUGGUCAAGACCCGAUGUCCGUCUCUGGCCGAGGAAGCGAAGGAAUUCCAUGA